GUUUUGGUAUUUUUUGGACCAUUACCAGACUGACAUCAUUCCCUUGCAUAAAUCAAAAUAAAGAGAAACUAGGACAAUAUACAAAUUAUGGAGGCCCUAGACAUCCUGGAGAAGCGCAUCGAUGCCCUGACGAGGGUCCUGGGUCCUGUCCCUGAGUCUGACGCCGGUGAAGGCGUAGUGGACGCCCUUUGCUCAGCUCACGCACUUUUGGGCGAAGCCACCACAGGAAGUGCCCCUCUCCAAAAUUGCGUCAAGCGAGCUUCUGAACUGGAGAAAUACUUGGAUCCUAACUUCCUGGAAGAGCAACAGCAGGUGCGGUCCAAGGAGGUCUACCUGCAUGCCGUGGCACCCGAACUCCACACGCAAGCCGAGCAGCUGGACAGGAUAAAGCAACUGGAGCCUGCCCUGGGAGCCGAGUACUUCCGCAGCAUUCCCAGCGAGUGCUUGGACCAGCUAAAGCAGAUCACUCAGAACAAUGGGGAGUACGCCCAGCAGAGCGAGCUCAUCGAGGAGAGCCUGGUGCUGGCCAUGAAGCGGUAUGGCGAGAUACAGGCGGGACUGCUAAGUUCCCUGGAGUCCAUGAGCGAAAGACUGGACCAGGUGGAGCAGCGUAUGGAGCAAAAGAAGAAGGCCGAGCUCAACAAGAAUGUGCCUCCAAAGGAUUGAGGGGCAGCCUCUCCUGCCUAACAGACUGCUGAAAGUAUUUUUACGUACCUGUUGUUACGGUCAUGUGGCAAUAGGAAUAUUAGUUUUUUAAUCAAUUUGCUAUCAAAAAGGGUGACCAAAAGGUAAUCUUUCAAUUGUAAGUUUCCAAUAUUCAAUAUUAUUUAAAACUAGCACAAUAAAACACUAUAAAAAUAUUCGUAGAAAAAA